UUUUACUUUGACCAUCUCUAGGGAAACUGACUACGUAGGAAAAUUGUUCAGUGGAAAAAGUAUUACAAAUAUACAGGAAUAUUCAUUAAAAAAAAAUUAGGCAUUGAAUUGUGAGCUUAUUAACAAACAGCUAGGAAAAUGAAUAUGUAUAACGGACAAAUGAACGCGUACGGAGGCGGUGGCAUUGGUGCUGGCAUGCCCACUCAACGCAUGGGUCCGCCUGGAGGUGGCGGAGCCAUGUUUCAACGAAAUCGGUCAGCUCCCUAUCCGGGAUUUAAUGGCAGUGGUGGCGGCAGCGGGCCGAUGAAUGGCGGUGGUCCUCGGCGCCCUGGUGGCCCCGGGACCAUGUCAGCCAAUCGUGACAAUCAAAAUCGUCCGCCUUCAAUGCAUGGCUCCUACUUGCCAAAGAUUGUGUGGUCCGAGGUCAACUUGACGCCAUUCCGCAAGAAUUUCUAUAAGCCCUGCGAUACGGUGCUGGCUCGCACCCAGGGAGAAACGGACAGCUAUCUAAGUAGCAAUGAGAUCACCAUCAAGGGCAUAGAGGUUCCGACGCCCAGCAUUGCAUUCGAAGAGGGAGGCUUCCCCGAUUAUGUGAUGAACGAGGUGCGCAAACAGGGAUUCGCCAAGCCCACGGCCAUACAAGCUCAGGGUUGGCCCAUUGCUCUUAGUGGCCGUGAUUUGGUGGGCGUUGCUCAGACUGGUUCGGGCAAAACUCUGGCCUACAUUCUACCCGCUGUGGUGCACAUAAACAAUCAGCCUCGUCUGGAGCGCGGCGAUGGGCCCAUUGCUCUAGUAUUGGCGCCCACCCGUGAGUUGGCCCAACAGAUCCAGCAGGUGGCCAGUGAGUUUGGCAGCAAUACACAAGUGCGCAACACUUGCAUAUUUGGUGGCGCUCCAAAGGGGCAGCAGGCUCGAGAUCUGGAACGCGGCGUAGAGAUUGUAAUUGCUACUCCAGGUCGCUUGAUUGAUUUCCUGGAGCGUGGAACCACAUCGCUGAAGCGGUGCACCUAUCUUGUCCUUGACGAGGCCGAUCGAAUGCUUGACAUGGGCUUUGAGCCUCAAAUUCGUAAGAUAAUGCAGCAAAUACGACCGGAUCGGCAGGUUCUGAUGUGGUCAGCCACCUGGCCGAAGGAGGUGCGCCAAUUGGCCGAGGAAUUUCUUAAUAAUUACAUUCAGGUUAAUAUUGGAUCUCUCUCGCUGAGUGCCAAUCACAAUAUACGUCAGAUUGUCGAUGUCUGCGAUGAGUCCGAGAAGAUAGUGAAGCUCAUCAAUUUGCUGACCGACAUCUCAGCAGAGAGUGAGACUAAAACCAUUAUUUUUGUGGAAACCAAGAAGCGUGUCGAUGAGAUUACCCGCAAUAUUUCGCGACAGGGUUGGCGGGCCUGUGCCAUUCACGGCGACAAAUCGCAGCAGGAACGUGAUUUCGUAUUAUCCAGCUUCCGGAAUGGCCGACACUCGAUAUUAGUCGCCACAGAUGUGGCUGCCCGCGGCUUGGAUGUUGACGAUGUCAAGUUUGUUAUCAACUAUGAUUAUCCUUCGAACUCGGAGGAUUAUGUGCAUCGCAUUGGACGGACAGGACGUUCGAAUAACACAGGGACGGCCUAUACCUUAUUCACCCACUCCAAUGCAAACAAGGCCAAUGAUCUGAUUCAGGUUCUGCGUGAGGCAAAUCAGACCAUCAAUCCCAAGCUGAUGAACAUGGCGAUGAGUGGUGGAGGCUAUCAGAAGCGCAAUGGUGGUGGAAUGGGCGGCUAUCGCAGUGGCGGCAAUGGUGGUUAUCAAGGACGAAAUCAGCAAAUGGGCGGAGGCUAUAACAACAAUUCAAAUGGCGUCAACAAUUAUCGAAACAACAAUAGCAAUCAUAAUAUUAAUGGCCGCAUCGGUGGAUACAAUGGCGUAGGAGGAGGAGGUGGAGGAGUAGCUGGUACACCACCCACACGCUAUGAUCAGAAGCAGAGGUCGUCGCCACCUAACCUGCAGGGAGGCUACCGUAAUGGCUACCAACAGGGUCCACAUAAUCCACACCAGCCCCAGCAGCAACCCAGCAGUGGCGGAAAUGUGCCCUUCUCUAGGUUUAAUCCCAAUGCAGCCUGCUUUGAGCCCAAAUCACAGAAUCCAGCUGCAGUGGCAAGCGGCCAAGUGAAACCCCAGCAACAGGUGGCACCAGACACAGCAGCAGCAAUUGCCGCUGCCAAUUACGGUGCAGAUCAGAAGCGUUCCCGUUUCUCGCCUUACAAUAUGAACUUUGCUCAGAUGCCGCCGCCGCCAUUGCCCCACCAGCAGCAACACCAGCAACAGCAACCUCAACAGCAGCAGGCCCAACAGCAACAACAACACCAACAGCACCAGCAGCAGCAGCAUCAACCCUAUGGCCAAUAUUCAUCAAUGUCCACAGGCAUGGCCACUGUAUCAUUAAAUGGCAAUGCAGCAGCAGCAGCCGGUUAUGGGCAAGUUGCUCAAUAUGCGGCCAUGCCCACUCAAGUGGCUCCUUCUUAUAUGAUGACGAAUGGAGCUGGUGAUAUCUUUGCCUAUCCGCCGCCUCCGUUGCCUGAUCAAAACUAACGCAACACUAAAACACUAAGUCGAGAAGUUCUGCAACAAAAGCCAAAUUUUUUAGAUGAUACUAAAUUCUAGGUUCUUUGUUGUACGAUUUCCUUAACAUCCCCUUAAUGGUCCGGCAACCUCCAACCCCCAACCCCCUAUCAUCCAAGUCCCCUAUCAGAAACACCAAACAAACAAACAAAGCAAAGAACAGACACCCACACUCAUACCAACACUCACACACACAUACACUCAUUUUUGGUGUAGAUCUCUCCGCCCCAUAUCUUAGCUAUAUAAUAUGGUUUAAUUUGAAAUCAAAUACGCUUUUCCAAUUUGAUACAAGACAUGGCCAACAAAAUAUGAAUUUGUUAACCCUCAACAUACCCACUACCUUGUCAAUUGCCCCGCUCCCCUCUCCCACUCAUAACGUUAGUUUCUAAGACAUUAUAACUAAGUGUUUUACUAGGGCAUUCGAGUGCCGCUGCUUUUGGCAUUUAAACAAGAACACAGGAAUACAAAAACUUUUUUCCAAGCAUUUCCAA